AUAGCCAUGGAAAUCGUGACUUUCAAUGCAGCCCGGCAAGAUCUGCUGCUUAAUUGUGGUGGCGGCGCAAAACCGAAGCAGCAAGUGCACACCAAUGGGACGCUUCGAUCAAUCAAGCAGCGAAGAAAUGCGAAACUGAUCCAACAGCAACAGCUCCAGCAGCAAGUGCAGAAAGUUCCCAACCGUAUCGUGGUGAAUGCGGAGAUAAAUUAUGAUAAAUCAACCAGUCCGGGCGAUAGUGAUAAAAAUAAUAAUAACAGUGCAGUCGUCAAGUGCAAUGGUAGUGCUAUCAGGCUCGGUGGUGGUGGGUUGACUAGUAAAAGUGGUUCCCUUAGAUCCGUUGGCGUGUCCAGCGGGAAACCGGUCAACUUGACGCUGUCGAAAAUGUCACUGCUGUGGAACACCAGUGGUUGGAUCCGUGUCUACUGCGGUCCGGAUCGGAGUGAUGUAAGCUGUGAAGAUCCGAGCCGGAUGGUGCAUGUAAUCACCACCGCAACUACGCUGGAUGUGGUGAAAGAUAUGGACCUGCCGAUGGAGUAUACUCUGUGGGUCCAAAUCGGUGGAUCUAAAACGCGCCGGUUGGAAGAGAACGAAUACCCGCUGUUGGUGCAGGAAGAAUUCCUUAAAUCCCUUGGCUAUCUGGACGAGUCACGACGUGCUCGGCUCGGAAUCGAUCCGGAGCUGAAGCAUUUGAUUCGUUUCCACAUUGGUCCAGCGGAGAUUCCCAUGUGCAAGGGAGUCCUCCGUUCGGGCUCCGUAGAGAUUCUCAAAGGACUGGUCUUCCCGCAAUGGAGAAGACGCUACCUGUCGAUCAUUGGAAGCAAACUGGUUGUUUUUCCAGCGGGUUCGGGUAUGUCGCCGGAAGUAUACGAGUUAUCGGGAGCGGAUAUCUACGAGCACACGCCCGGUUACAAUCGACUGAUCAUAAAAAUAGUGCCAAAGUCAAACGAUAAUAGCAAUGGAAGCAGUACAAAGGAGAAUAUCAAUCGGUUGAUCGAAAGCACCAGUACGACACAUCUCUACAAUAGCAAUGCCAGCGUCCAUUCAAUCAACGACCGAGAGACAGUGCUGUUUCUGGGCUUCGAAGAAUCCUGGGAACGUGACCAGUGGAGCGAUUGGUUGUCUGAGAUUAAACAAGAUAACGGUGAUGGCGAAAAACGGCUGGAUUUGGGAGAUUCCGGAUUGCAACAAAUACCGGAGAUAUUCCUACAAUCGUGCACCACCGUAGAAGAACUGCUGGCAGGGAAGAAUAAGCUACAGGAGCUGGCGCUGAGAGCGUUGGGUGAAUUUGUUCAGCUUAAGGUGCUGCGAUUGAAUGGAAAUACGUUGAAAAGUUUCCCCGAGAGUUUGUACAAUUUGAGAAAUUUGAGGAUUCUGGAUCUGGAGGAGAAUGAGAUCAGGAAACUGCCGGAGAAGAUUGCACUACUUACGAGUUUAGAGGAGUUGAUAUUGGAGAAAAAUGAACUUCAAGAGCUGCCCAAUUGUCUACAGAAGUUGAUCAAUUUGAAAAGUUUGAAUGUGGCGUAUAACCAGUUGGACAGACUGCCUGCCUUCAUGGUGAACAACAACAUGCGUCCCGUGGGACUUUUCCAGCGGAAUGAUUCCCUAAGAAAUGGUAUCCAGAGAGAUUCGUUGGAUAAGGAAGAGGAUAAGAUCGAACUUCCACUGACUAAAGUAAAUCUGAGGGGAAACCAGCUGAAAGGAAGCAUUAUCCUAGGAAAUUAUGGACUCCUCACACAACUGGACGUCAGUGAGAAUUCGAUUGAGAUUAUGGAUCUGUCGGCACUGGAUAAACUGGAAACGAUACAAUGCUGCAGGAAUAACCUGAAGGAACUCACACUCAAUGGAAGACAUCUGCAUUCAUUGAUUGCUGGAAAUAAUAACCUGACAAAGAUUAUGGUUCGAGCAACACCGACAAACCUCAAACACAUCGACAUCAGUUUCAACAGUCUGCGGGAGCUUCCCGAUUGGUUGGUUGGAUGUCACCAGCUUCGCACGCUGUACGCCAACAACAAUCAACUGCACGUCAUAUCGGAGCACCUCCUCAACAACGAGCACGCUACUAUACUUACAUUACAUCUCGCUUACAACAAACUGACCACCUUCCCCCCGAUGGUCAAGCGGAAACUGCCACUUCAGAAAUUGUACCUGCAAUGUAACCACAUUGAAGAUUUGCCGGAGAAUUUCUUCAUUGCAUGCGAGCGACUUACGAUACUGAACAUUUCCAGCAACAAGCUGAUGACCCUGCCGAUCAUUUUCGGUACAAAUUGUAAUCUGGAACGACUUUACGCUACUAACAACAGUCUCACAGAUCGCGUUCUAGAUUCGCUCAUAUGUUUAACUCGAUUGAAAGUUCUGCAUAUAGGCUACAAUCACCUAACCACCUUACCAGAAACGUGCAUAACUUGCUGGGGAGAAAUAGAAGAGUUGGUCAUCUCGGGCAACAGACUAAGACAUCUUCCGGAAAAUCUUACCAACUUACGCAAUCUACGAGUGCUGCGAGUACACUCAAAUCAGCUCCAGACCGUUCCUUCGUUGGCAAAGAACCUGAGCCUUCGAGUGCUGGAUCUUGCCCACAAUCAGCUAGAUAAAAUCAAUAUGGUAUCUCUGGUUUCCAAGCACCUACAAUUUCUGGAUCUCUCAAGCAACACUCAACUCCAGGUCGAUCCCCAUCAACUACAAGCAUGUCGAUCGCAACGACCCAUGAGCUUGGUGGACGUUUCCGGUAAGAAUAGACCAUCUCUUCCGACUGCUCCAUGGCCGUAUCAGGAAAAUGAAGAAUACGAACCAUGCUGGAAAGUUGGCUUUGCGGAAACUCCCGGUUGUCUUCCAAAGUUGUACAUCUCUCAGCUACGAUUACCAGGAUUUUGUAAUUCGGAAGGAUUGUUCGGUAUGUUCGAUGGAGAGGUUAACAAUACAAUUCCCAACGUGCUGGUUAAGACUAUUCCGAAAAUUUUGCUGGAAGAACGGACAGUUAAGGAAACGGCCAAUGACUACAUGAAGUAUACGUUGCUUUCGGCUCAUAGGGAGCUGAAACAGCAAGGGCAACAUGAAGCGGUCAAUGUGACGCUGUGUCAUAUAUCGAGGAGUAGAGUUCCUAGUGAGAUUAUGAGCUAUUUACCGCAGGCAGCCAAUGGAAGGAAGUUCAUCCUGAGGGUGGCUAGCGUAGGUGAAAGCGUGGCUGUGCUGAUCAAGCAUAACAGAUGCGUCAAGUUGACCAAUGGAAAUCCUUGUCGGAGAAUUGGAAUGAGUGCAAAUUAUCCGGUAACUGUACCGGAUCCGGAGGUGACGGAAGUAGUUUUGAGCGAUGCUGAUGAGUACCUGGUGAUCGGAAACAAGAAGCUAUGGGAGGUGAUUACGAUGGAAACGGUUGCCGAGGAAAUUCGAAAGGAAGAGAAUAUCUUGCUGGCGGCAAAACGAGUUCAGGAUAUUGCGCAGAGCUAUGGAGCUGAGGAGAACAUCAGUAUUAUUAUUGUAAAAUUUAACAAUUUGGGUACGGAUAUUGAUUUUCUGAUGAGAGAGUUGAGGCAAACGAUAAGGAAGAAGCCGACGGGAUCAGGUAGUAUUAUGUCGGGGUUUUGUAAGUGUGGAUGCUGCUGUGAGUCAAACAACAGCUGCUGUCAUUCCGGUGCAUCGAGCACGUUUAUGAGACAUCCUUCGGGAAGGAGUGAUCGAUCGUCCCCGAGUGGCCAGAGUGACCAAACUUCGGGUAGUGAAAGUCAGAUGAAUGGAACCAAACCUAGAUGUUUGGAUGUGACUGCUCUGAGUACACGAAAACCCAAUACCUAUCUCACCAACGAGCGACGAAGUUUACGAGGAGGCGUUGUGAGAGCAGUCCGAGCAAGAAUCGAAGAAGAGAAGGAGCGUGAGGUUGAAGAAUCGGAUUCCGCCAUGUCAGAGGAGCAGUUCAAAUGCUGGGAAUACAUGCUAGAGCAAAACACUCAACUUCUCUUCGACAAAGAGCUGAAUACAAUAUCUCGAGCAUUUACCAAGCGACCUGGAUCUAGCACCAAUCUGACAAGACCACAGAUGAAAUCCUUGUCAACGAGUUCACCACAACUGGCUCACGAUAGUGAUAGUUGUUUCAAUUCCUCGCUCAGUGGCUACAACACAAUGGCGCACUCCGUCAGGACUACCCCAUUCCUCUCGAAACAUUUCGGCAGUACAAGAUCCUUCCAUCCAUCAUCUUCGCAAAACUUCUUUAAGCCCAUUCGGUACAAUCAGACGCGGCCUCAACCGAUCAAUGCCGGUCCGAAUGCAGCUUACUUCGGCUCUCUCCAAAGGUUGAUGCCGUACAAUUUAGAGUAUGAUUUCAAUGCCAUGCAAGAGAGGCACGCUGCCAACAACGAAGGAAGCGCAGUUGAACUGGACGCAGUGGAUCCAGACGGAGGCCGAAUGCAGCAAUAUUGGGGCGUCGCGACUACGGAACUGUGAGAUUAUUCACUUACCACUGUGCGCGAAUAAAGCUGAAACUGAAAGAAUCGUGUUUAUAUUUUCAAUUUUAAGAUGUAUUGUUUGUAAAGGUCUCAUUCUCG